AUGGAGCAACGUCCAACAAGGACAGCACCGUUCUAUCCCAUCCCUUCUCGACAUGUUGUCAGUGUCGAGCAUCCGGCUAUCAUCCAAAAUGUCGACAAGGCCAUUGACACCCUGCAGGGUAACGCAGGCAUCGCAAGUAUCAUGAACCCCCCCAAAGCUGAUACCCCAGCCAAUCUUAUAAUCCGACCUGAAGAUAUCAUGUCAAGGCCUCUCCAAUCGACAAGUUCUCAUUCCAACAACAUCCUUCUGAAAGUCACUGUGCCUAGACGUACGGGUAGAAAACGCAAGAAGGGAUCGAAUGAGCCGUUUGCUGAUGAUUCAACGGUCCCUGAGAACCAACCACAAAGCGCAAAGGAUCUUCUGCGAAGCUUGCGUGAUAAUCUGGGAAGGUACCAGGUCGAACCGGUGGGAAUGGUAAACCGAACGCAUGUGUUUCGAGGAAUGCCGGACUUUGUGUUUUCUACCUCUGGUAGUGAAUUCACCAAUCGAUUCCGAGACCAGAUUCUCUCUUUUGACUACCAGAAGAUGAAACAAUUCGACCUCGACAUGAGCAAAGGUGCCAUAUCAAAUGUCGAUAUCAUUCCACCCCCAUCCUUCAGCCAUGGCGAUGUCCCAUUCGGCUACUUCUACCGUCAAAACCCUACAGUCCGCCAGUCAAUGGAUACAUCCGGCAACAUCACCACAGUCAACACCCAACGAGCCGCCAAGAUCCUCACCCAUCUCGUCCCCGGCGACAUUCACAUCGUCCCGUCCAAACCCCGCGACAACUGCCCCCCAAUCGACACCCUCGACCAACACCUCCAGGACACCAUCGCCGUCGUGGAAGCCCUCUUCGAAUCCCGUCCUGCCUGGACCCGCCGCGGCCUCCGCAACUCCCUCACCACUCUCGAACACCGCACCGCCCUCCGCCACGCCCUCCCCUACGUAGGCUACGUCUUUCGCUCCGGCCCCUGGCGCGACGCCAUCGUCAAAUUCGGCCAUGACCCCCGUACCUCCCCCGCCUACCGCGGCUACCAAACCCUCAUGUUCCGCCUCCUCCCCCGCGAACCGGAACUCGCCCGCGACGGCGGCUCCGGAAGACGACAUACCCUCCCCCGUCUCCCUGAAGCUGAACCAAUAGACCCUACCUUCACCUCUGCUACCUCCACCGCCGUCGUCCCCGGCGACUCCCACCUCUUCACCGGCCAACUCCCUCUCCCCCGUGACGGCCGAAUGUGGAUGUUCUGCGACAUCACAGACCCCCUCCUCCACAGCCUCCUCUUCCCAGAGUCAGACUCUUCCUCUUCUACCACCACCACCCCGUCUCACCUUCGUUCAACCUGCGACACCGUAACAGAUGGCUGGUACCAAAACGGCACAAUCGCCAAAGUAAAAACCAUCAUGCGCGCAAAAAUCCAAUCCCUCUCUGACGGCCGCAUGCCCGACGACGCCGAAUACGCCCGUAUCCUCGCCUUCCCCGACCAGGCCAGAUUCGAGGACUUCCUGGCGGAUUUCUGGGUCGAGGCGGACUCGGGGGCUACGCCGAGAGAGUUGCAGUUGGCGACGGAGGUGAGGGCGAUGAUUAAGAAUGCGCCGGAGUGGAAGGCGCGGAUCAAUGCGGCGGGGAUGGAUAAGGAGGGAACCGGGACGAGUCAGGAGAAAGCUGCGGGUGCUGCGGCGUCGACUGGGAAGAGGGUUCAGUGGAAAGAUGAGGUUGAGGAGAGUGAGGGUGAAGAGGAGGCGAUUGAGCAGGCGGAGAUGUUGGAGGCUGAGGCUGCGGCUGCUGCGGCGGCGGUGGAUGCUCGGGAAAAUGAAAAUGAAAAUCAAAAUGAAGAGAAUGAUCAAGACGACCAGGAUGAUCAGGAUGAGCAAGAUGAUUUAGAUGAAGAUGGAGAUGUUGAUAUGGAUGAGGGUUCAGUUUCAAGGCAUUGA